UAUAUGGCUUCUUUUAGCUUUUACACUCUUCCUACUUCCACCUCCACCAUCAAGAAUCCCUUAUUUUCUAAAAGCUCCUCCCAUGUGAAGCACUCACAUCGCUUCAGGUCUUCAUGCAAAGCCGCUGCUGAUAGCAAUGACAAAUAUGUCGAAAAUCCUGAUACCCCAAAACUCAUACUACCAAAAUCACCCUCGCUUGAUACGCAGAACGUUGACAGGAGAAACUUGCUCCUGGGACUCGGAGGUCUCUACAGCGCUGCCAACUUCACCAGCAUUCCGUCAGCCUUUGGCGUUCCCAUCGAAGCACCAGACAUUAAUAUUUCAAAGUGUGUUACUGCCACCGUAAGGGGAGUCUCAGCAGAGGCUAUAAGGGGAUUAACUUGUUGCCCUCCGGUGUUUGACUCAUCGGCCAAACCAGCGCCGUACGAAUUUCCGGAUAACCAGGUAAUUCGUAUGCGACCAGCGGCACAGAGAGUCAGUGCAGACUACAAAAAAGACUUUCGAAAGGCAGUUGAGAUAAUGAAGGGAUAUAACGACAAUGACCCACACAGUUGGACGCAACAAGCUAAAGUUCAUUGUGCGUACUGCAACGGCGCUUACACUCAAGUAAAAAGUGGUUUGGAGUUCGAGAAGUAUAUAAUCCAAGUUCACAACUCAUGGCUCUUCUUUCCAUUCCACCGUUGGUACCUCUAUUUCCUCGAGAAGAUAAUGGGAAAGGCGCUCGGGGAUGACACUUUCGCUCUACCAUACUGGAACUGGGACCACCCUACCGGAAUGACGAUUCCUGCCAUGUACGAAGACAAAUUAAAAAAUCCGGAUGGCAACGUUGAUACCCCUGAAAACACUAGAUUCAACUCUCUCUUUGAUCCUUUAAGGAAUACAUCACACAUCGCACCAGCUCUAAUUGAUUUUCAGUAUUAUCCUCAGAAACAAGAAGUUUAUAAUUGUGCAGACCAGAUAGAGAUUAAUCUGUCUAUAAUGUACAAUCAGAUGAUCGCCAACGCCCUUGAUACAAAAUCGUUCUUUGGUGGCGAACUUGUGGCUGGUGAAAACCCCAAUGAAAACAAAAAGGCUGGGUCCAUAGAGGAUGGGGUUCACACGAUUGCCCACCAAUGGGUGGGUAACAAUAGAUUGAAGAACGGAGAAGACAUGGGAAACUUCUACUCCGCAGGCUAUGACCCUCUGUUUUACGGCCACCAUGCGAACGUUGACCGGAUGUGGAAAAUCUGGAAAGGUAUGAACAGGAGACACCAUGCACCAUCCUCGACCGACUGGCUAGAUGCAUCCUACGUAUUUUAUGAUGAGAAUAGAAAACUUGUACGUGUCUACAACCGUGACUGUGUAGACACUAGAACGAUGGGGUAUGAUUAUGAGAGGUCCGAGAUCCCAUGGAUCCGAAAUCGACCUAAUCCACAUCCCAAGGGAGGCAAAGAUAAAGGAAAUGCUCGCAAACCCGACAAAGCGACGGUGAAGGAUCUCAGUUUCCCAGUGAGGUUAAACCAGACAUUGGAGGUUCGAGUGAUGAGACCUGCGAAAAGGACUACGGAGGACAAGGAGCGCACCGAGAUCGCGAUUGAGAAGUUGGUCCUUCAAGGCGUACGAUAUGAUUGUGAGCGCUUUGUCAAGUUCGAUGUGAUAAUGAACGACCCUGAUAAUGGAGUCGAUGUCACCCCAGUUGACACUGAGUUUCUUGGUUAUUUCUCACGGUUGCCCCAUGGCAUGGUCGCUGAAAACAGAAUGAAAGAGAUUAGUGGGAUAUCAUUUGCCAUCAAAGACCGCUUGAAAAUCCUAAAAGUUGAAAAUGAUGAUUCUAUUGUUGUGAAAAUUGUGCCCAGAGCAGGGUGCGAGGAUGUAACUAUUCAGAACAUCGAGGUUGUGAUGGAUCCCGUAGACAAUAUUGUACCUUUAGCGGAGAGCCUGGUUGUGCAAGAUCGGAACAGCGAUGAACUUACUUUGGAGGGCCCGACUGCGCUGGAUUCGAAUUCGGACGACUCUGGCUCGGAGUGAAUUCAGUUUAUUCACGUAAUAACUGCAUGUUUUUUCAUUGGCAUGCAUGGGUAAGUCUGUUUUGAGAUCUGUGAGUCUCGUUAAAGAAGAUGUUCUCGUAACCUAAUAAUAAUUAUUACCGUUUUACGUU